CAGUCGUAUAUAUUUUAGAGAAAACUGCAUUCCAUUGAUUAAUUAAAGUCAUAAAAGUUUUCAGGAUAAUCCUCUCUAAGAAGAGGUUCUAGAAAAAAAAAAGGUGGUCUGCCUACCCACACCUCCUCUGCAUCCCAGUUGUAGUUCACAUGGGCCAUGAAGUGGGCCGGUUUGUUCUUAUUUUCGGCCUGCAAAGCUCCAAAUUACCUUAUCAAUAGCAUGGGCUUUUGCUCGAAUCUCCUCACAAAGCAGCCUAAUCUCCAGUGGCGUAGCCAGGAUUUGCUAUAAUGGGGUUCCAAUUUUUUAAUACAUAUAUUUUAUAUGAGAAACUAUUAAUUUUUGCAAUGAUUCACAAUAUUUUUCUACUCUAAUAAAACUUGUAAAUUAUAUAUUCUUCAUUUAAACUAUCAAAGACCUUAUUGUCAAUAUAUCCUACCGACUAGUGCUUCAUAAUUUUUUUAAUCAUUCCAAUCCAUGGCGGGUUACGGUAAAGACUCUCUAGUGCUCAUGGAUAGCCGAUGAAAGUCAGUUGAAUGAAAAGGUAGAGUCGAGCGACUUAGAGACCAUGUUUGAGAGGAAAUUUUUUGAAUGGAAUUGAAAAGGAAAACAUAGUUAAAUACUACCACAAUAAGUUCACCUAGUGAUAUUGUGACUAUAAGAAUGUGGUUCAUGUACAAGAUUUCAUUAUAAACAAUCUAAUAUACUCUUUUAACUUUGUUCUCCCAAGGCAAGGGUGUGCCAAGGCACCCCCUCCUAACAAGUUACCUCCGCCCCUGCUAAUCUACAUCUGUCUUUUUUCCUCGCGUCGAAGCUGGGAGAUCAUUCCCUGGCUAUCUGUCUCUAUCUCCAUUUCUCGAACCUCGAAUCUCCUAGCCAGCUCCAAUCUGUUCGCUUUACUACUGCAAUCAGGCAUCGUCCUUCGCUGAAAGCCAAACAAAAAAAUUAAGACCAUCAGUAUUGAAUAUGUAAUCAGUUUAUGUCUCUUGUAUUAGUGUAAGUAUAUAGUAGUAGUGGUGUUCCAAUAGUGAGAAUGGACGAGGCCCGUGCAACCCAUGCAAGCCCACGUCGUGUAUGGAUGAGGGUGUGUGUGCUAGGGUUUGGUCGAUCCUAGUAUUUGUAAAGGAGGUGUAGUUUGUAGCCGAUUAACAAAAUCUACUAGUAAGAAUAGUAGCCGAAGAGUGUUCAACCUCUUCCGUGGUUUAGUCCUAGGAUUUCAGGGAUACCACAUAAAUCAAUGUCUGAUUUCCAUUUCUGUUUUAGAUUUGUUAACAUGGUAUCAGAGCCACCGACAAUUGAAUCUGAGAGGCACUCUGUUCUUCUAAACUCGACCAACAACGCUCUCUGUGAAUUUUAGUUUUCGGUAUUCAUCGAAGGGAAAGGCUUGUUUGGCAUCCUUGAUGGCACACUUGCCAACCCCAAAGCCGAGACUGCCAACGCACAGGUCGUCGCCACAUGGAAUCAGAAUGAUGCUCGUGUCCACUCAUGGCUCCUCGAUACAGUGGAUCCAUUCACCUAUCCUCAGUCUUUGUUUGUAUCCGACCGCCAAUCGUAUGAGGCGCCAUCUCUUCGUCAUGUAAUCCACCAUGAAUAUCGCUCGUCAGUUCGAGAUUCGGUUCUCCCUGACCCGUUUGGAACAAGGUGAUCGCUCCAUCUAUGAGUAUUUUAAUGCUGCUCAAGAACUCUGGACGGAGCGAGAUUUUCUCCAUGCUGCACUUCGCCCGCAAGCCGUGAUGACGAAGAAGCUAUUGUCAAGAGACUCCAAACUCGGCUCCUCAAUUUUUUGAUGAAGCUUCGUCCCGAAUUCGAAUCCGUCCUGGCCACUUUGUUGAAUCGUGUUGUUUUGCAAUUUGACGGCGUGAUGGGUACUCUCAUGAGAGAGGAGAUAUGGCUUAGAACACGAGCUGCAAUUGAUUUGCGUCUUGGAGAGGACGAAUCUCUUGUAGCCUCUGCCGCCCCCAAUUCCCAUAGCUCGGGUCAAGACUCCUUUGCCUAUGCUUUCAAUCGCCCCCAAUUUCAAAGGAGAGUCUCAGCUUCAGAUUUGGAGUGUCACCAUUGUCGUGAGAAAGGGCAUUUACUAAAGCAUUAUCGUCGUCACAACUUUUGUGUUUAUUGUAAACGUAUGGGUCACAUUAUCCUUGAUUGUCGCACACAUGAGAGAAAUGCUACUCGCGAGGGUGGACCUCCGCCAGGCCGCAACAAUGCUAAUCUAUCAUACCCAGGUUAUGGUGAGAAAUCUGCUUAUGACACAUACUCGGCUGUCGAUGCUCGCGCUGGCAUCCAGCUGCUGUUGGUGACUCCCGCUAGCAGCAAAUUCCCUUGCGUGGAACAUGUGCGGGAGAAGCUAGUUCUAGCCGAGGCACAACACCCACUGGAACCUCAAAUGACCAAGGGAAUUCAGGGGGAGUCAUAGUGCAGGUCGUUGAGCAAAUAGUCAUUGCCGCAAUUAGUGUAGCAUUUUCGAUUUUACAUGGCAUAGGUUAAAUUCCAAAAUGCUAAAGAAUGUGACUCCGGUGAAAAGUAUUGACUUGAAUGUUGCUAAUGGAUCAAAAUUAAAUUCCAAGGGUAUGGGUAAUGUUAAGAACAAAGAGUUGUCGUUGAAUAAUAAAUUGUAUGUGCCUGCUCUCGUGCGUAGCUUGAUUUUUGUUGAUCAACUUACUGAGCAAGGUUAUACUAUGUCGUUUCUUCCGUCUGGAUGUCUUAUAAAAGAUUCGAAGACAAUGAGUCUGAUUGGAAGGGGAGUAAGCAAGUUCGACUUUUUCAUCUAGAAGAACUACAUGGGCAAUUCAGUGUCUUCGGUCAUUAGUGGAUCCUUACAUAGGUCUGUCAGUAGUCCUUCGCCAUUUCAGCAGUCUAGUUCUUGUUUACCUGUUUCGAGUCUUUCCAAUAAUCAAUGGAAAUUUUGGCA